AUGGCUGAAAAAGAAGAAUUGGUGAUGAAGGGGGAGACAUUGGCAGGCAUGCUGCUUGUUGGCAGAUUCUUCAGAGACUCUGGCCAGGCAUCAACAUCGAUUAUAUGUGCCGAGUUGACGUCUGAUGUCGACUCGCGGGCUCUCAAGAAUGCUUGCAAUCUCGAGCUCUUUUGCCCUCAUGAGGAUGGAGCAUGGCACGGGCAGUCGAUAUCCUACCCUUUAUGUUUGCUAGCUGAAGAUGAGGGGCUUGACUUUCACGCCGGCGUCGAAUGCGGCAGACAAGCUUCGUGCACCUCUUGUAGAAGAGCCAAGGAGCAUAAGGCAAAGCUUGAGGAAGCCUUCGAUCUAAUCGCCCCCUCUUGCUUUUCGAGGAAUCUUUCCUUGCAAACUGUAACAAAAACUGACUUCCUAAAAUACAGUGAAAUAGUGGGGAUGCCCAAGCGUUUGUAUGCUCUCAGUUUGCUUGAGACGAGGCUGAUAGAGGAAACUCAAAGUCGUGCUCGCUCUCUUGGACUUCCGGGGAACUUCCUCAUCAGUGUGGUAAUGUUGGCGAAGGCACCAUGUUUCUGGGCGAUGGAGACUGUGUCCAAGACAAUCGCAUGGAGAGUCUGUGACAUGAUGAGAGAAAUUUCAGACCUGGAAUUCGCUGGGGAUGACAUGCAAUUUGCUCAAAACAUUUUCUGCCACAAGGCUGUGACGCAGCCUAUCGGUGAAGUUUUGCGGAAUGAAAGCCACUGCGUGGAGCAAGACAAGGACCUGGAGCUGACGGAGUUGAGAUACGAUGAUUUACCGACUAUUUAUGUAGAUCACAUUUUCCAACAAGGAAAUGGGAGUCUCUGUGAGCUUGUCAAGACGUUCAGCGCGUCGCUGCUUCUCAGACGCAGAAUUUUAUUCUUGAGUGAGGACAUUUCACGACUGAAAACGGUAGUGUGUUCAGCACUAGCAUUAAUCUCUUGCCCAAGUUUGGAUAUGCUUGAUAGUGGCAACGGAUAUGGCAUGAUUGACUGUGUGUUCCCCUUCAUACAUGGGAACACGCUUGCUUCAAUCAAGUCUUUUGCAUUCUUCGUGUCUGGGACACGCCCAGGUGGCGUCGAGACUGUGACGUCAUGGAACAACAUGGCUGUAUGCAACAUCGAUGAGGGCAGGGUUUUGAUCCUUGACGAACUCAAAGAAGAACGUGAAAACAAUCCAAACUUCUUGUUGAAACAAAGAGGCAAACAAGAACAGGUCUUCAUCUCGCAGCUUCUUCAAGAUCUUCAGGAUGGCUUUGCCAAAGAGGCGUCCAAUUCUGAGAUGGAAGAGUUCACAAGACAAAGCUUCUCGGCAUUCACCGAAGCUUUCAUCUAUUGCUUCAGAUGCACUUGCCAUAUUGUACCAGAGGAGGGUCAAGGGAAGGAAAAUCUGUACAGGAUCAUCCGACAGAUGGGAAAGAUCACUCAAAUGCUCGUCCUCCAUGAGGUUUGGGAUCGCCUAUCAGACGUCUUGAAGGAGCUUGGAGCAAGAGGAGGAAAAGCUCAUCAUUCCCAGCCGAUGAGCUUGCGUGAAGCGAUAGCUCGCAUCCCGGAUGUCAUUGAGACGAUGAGAGUCCUUGCGGUGUCGUCUCAUGGGGCAGCAGCAGCUUCCUCACAUGGAACCUAG